AUGAAAGCUGCCAGACUCAGAAAAACAGAGAUGCUAAUGGAACUGACUUCAGUAACCGGGGUUUUCUAUGGAAUUCAUUGCCCAGGGUGACUUCCAAUAACAACCCCCACUCCCCUGCACUUUUCUCAGGACUGGAAAGCUCAGGCAGCCCAGGACAAAUAGUGCAGUCACUGCAGACGGGCAGGGUGGCCACAAGCAGCCACUUUCAGAGGUGGUGGCAGAGGCUCCAGGCUCGCCUGGGGUCACACCACUUCUGCAACACCAGUUGCAGAACACUGCUAGGGCAGUGCAGCCGCCCCAUGAAAAAACUGCAUUCUCCCAUGGGCCCCUGCGGUGGCCUCAUCUGUGACUGCUGCAGGCUGAACGUGGGACCCUGCGAGGAAUCUGAGACUCCUGAGGCUGUGGCAGCCGCGCCACCAGCAUCCACCGCUGCAGAGCCUGCCAGAUUUGAUCUGGGAGCCACGGAGGUCCAUCCCGUGCACUACCACAGCAAUGCAAAGAUCUCCAAAGGUUUGCCUAUCCGUCCGAAGGGCCGGACAACAAAACUAUGGAAAUGGAGCAGACUUUGUUGUGCAGACAAUAAAGGUAGUGUGGAAAUUAAAUCAUUAAGUUCACUUAAGCAACUAAUUGCAGUUUAUUCAUUCAGUGCCCCAUAUUAGAGAAACUCAGUAAAUGCUGUGUCAUGUUCUUCAUUUAUUUCAUUUGUGCCAAUUUAUGCAUUAAAUCA